AGCUAAAAAUUUUCAAACCCAAAAUUGCAAAAAAAAAAUACAAAGUUAAAUAAAAUAAGGAUAAAGUUUAUUACAAAGCACCCAAGUAAUUAGCCUGAUUUAGCAGAGAAAGGCAUAUGCCACAAAAUUUACUUCACUCACAGAAGCAACAACAACAACAACAACAACAACAAGAAAAACAACAACUCUAACAACGUUUAAGUGAAAGGCUUUCACUUCAAACCAAACUAUACUAAACACUCUACCGAACUGAACUCAACUAAACUGUACUCUACAGUGUUACACUUAACUGGGCUAAGCUGAUUCAACUAACUGCAUGAAUUUAAGUCAACACCAAAAAAGCCGGGAGCCCUUCAGUAAACAAGACGUAGCACUACUGGCAGUACUGGACUUGGUUAUUGGCAAUAUUUAGUUUGUAAAAUAAACGUUAUAAAAAAAUUGACAAAGAUGUGUAUUUAGAGAAUUUUUAAGAGCCUUCAACUUCUUAGCAGAACACAGAGAACACCAAAUAGAGUAGCCAAACAGAAGAAACGUGACUGUGCUUGAUAUGUUGGGCAAAAAGAGAAUGGCAAAAAGUACCGUUACUGCAGAUCCUGGCAUUCUGUGUUUUCAUCACUGUAAUGUUAAAGUUUUUUGCUUUACUUUACCGCUCAGAUGUCCUAAUUGCGAGUCAGAAUUAGAUGCCGCCUGUAAAAAUGAUGGCGAAGGAGUCGGAAGAGGAGGAGGACUACCUAGCAGUAGAGAAUAUGGGAAUGAAAGUGAUGAAAGUGGUAAUAGUAGCGAAGACUGUCAAAAUGGUGACGGAGGUGAAGAUGGGGUCAAAGAUGAUACCAAUAUCCAAAGUGCAGACAAUAAUGUAAUUGGUCAUACUCAAAGUGACAGUAACAACAUUGGUGGUAACAGUGACAUUGUCGAUGUGGAAGUCAACAAUCGCUACAGUAGUGACAAUAUCUCCCCAUCAAAAAUAUUACCCUUUCGCUUGCCUUACCCAUUUGUACGUGCUUCACAGUAUCCGUGUGCAAUUGUUUUGCGACCAACAAUAGGAGAUUUCCUCAACGAUUACAACAAUGCUACUGAUUUACACAUUGCCGUGACUACAUCGACGGGAUGCAUUGUUGAAUUUGAUCAACAUGGACUGCAGCGUAAGCGCGCGGAUAAUAUGCCAAUAUGGUGGCAGUGCUUAUUAGUUGGCAACGUUCCUGAACCGUGGUAUGAUUAUUGGGAUCAAGUAUUACUGCAGAUUUGCAAGCAACCCGAACGUUGGUCAGUGGCGAAAUACCAUGAGGAUACGCACAAUUGCUACACUUUCGUUUUAGCUUUUUUGCAAGCACUCUCCUAUGAAAAACUCAGUGAAGCUGCCACGAGUAAAACAAAAUUUUGUGAAAAGUAUAUAGUUCCUAGAACCACAACAGCCGGAAAAUAUAUUUCGCUAUACCGGAAAUUGCGUGAUGCCUCCAUUUAUGUGCAUCCGCAACAGCAGAAUGCUAAAGCGAAAACAAGCUCGAAACCAACAACGUCGGUUGGGCUAGUGACACCGACUACUGCUCUGUCGCGCACAGCAACGUUGUGCACAAUCGAAGAGUAACAUUAUUUGAUGCACCACAUCCGACGGAAGUAAUGGAUUCCAUAACAUCACAACUGCACCGUAUUGUCGAAGAUAACAACAUAUACAAAAACAACGUUACAAGCAAGGCUAUCAGUAGCAAUAGUUGCAACAGAAACACCAUUAGUGCCAGCAACAGCUAACAAAGUUAUCAUUAACACAAUCAUCAUAGCAAAAUGUGAAAAAUUCAAUUUCGACUGCUGUACUCUGGCUAGUGUAGUUUGGAAUUACUUCCAAUAUAGAUACUUUUAAAUGUUAUUUCAUUGAAAAACGAUAGCUCACAUAGGAAGUAGAAGACGCACUAUUUGCAAUACUAAAAGCCAACAAAAUUAUCAUUCAUGCAAUUAUCAUUUGAAAGAGUAAAUCAUAGUAAUCACCUUAAACUGCAUAUAGAUUCAAUUUUUGAUUUGAUUAUGCAGUUACAAAUAAAUUCCAGCUAUAUGCAUACCAGUAAUUUAAUAGAGAAACUAUAUCUCAUAUGGAACAUGGAGAAUGUGGCUAUAGCAGGCAGGUGUAGGAGCUUACAAUCAUCAGCAUUAAUGCAAUCAUCAUAUAAACAAAUAAAUCCACGCAAUCAAUUUCAACUACACACAGAGAUCCAUUUUGUAUGUGACUAUGUAGUUAAGGUUCGUAGUCAAAAAUUUGCUUUGGGAAGAGCUUUCAGAUAAAAUGCUGAAUCGUCUAUUGUUUUGUUUAUGUACCAGUUGUAGUUCUAAAUGAGUAUCUGAAUGUAAACAGACUACUCAUAAAAGCUAUGUCAUUGAGAAAUCAUAUCUCAUAUAAUAUCUGGAAAAUUUCGCAUUGCAGCAGUAUCAGCUGAAAAAAUUCUCUACUGCCACAUAUGUAGUGCUGAAUCCGUUAUACCCUUCUUUACGAUUUAGUUAUCUUAUAAGGCAUAAAUAAUAAACUGACAUAUGUAUACAUAUACUUUUUUGAUUCAACUUGCUCUUCAACUCUGCAAUUUCUCCCUUGGUUAUAUAUGCCAUAUGUAGUUCUAAAUCAGUUUCUGAAUUUGAUCAAACUAUUCAUAAUAGUUCUUUCAUUGAGAAACUAUAUGGUAUAUCACACGGAACAUCAAAAAUCUGGCAUUAGCAACAGUAUUAGCGAGAAAAUUGAUAAAUGAUGUCAUCAUAAUAUAGAUCAGUAAUUUAAAAAAAUAAAAAACUAUUUAAACUGCAAUAGCUCCAUUUUUAAUGAGAUUGUGUCACUAUAAAUAACUUUCUCAGAAACUUAAUUAAAAAACUAAAUAUCAUAUAAGCUGCAUCUUAA